AUGAAUGUUGGAGUUGCCCACAGUGAAGUGAAUCCAAAUACCCGUGUAAUGAACAACCGGGGUAUGUGGCUGACAUAUGCAUUGGGAGUUGGCUUGCUCCAUAUUGUCUUACUCAGCAUUCCUUUCUUCAGUGUUCCUGUUGCUUGGACCUUAACAAAUAUUAUACAUAAUCUGGGGAUGUAUGUAUUUUUGCAUGCAGUAAAAGGAACACCUUUUGAAACUCCUGACCAAGGUAAAGCAAGGCUCCUAACAUCUUCAUGGAAGUUUUUCACAAUUUCUCCAACAAUUCUAUAUUUUCUGACAAGUUUCUAAACAAAGUACGAUUCAACUUACUUCACUAACACAGCUUCUCUUCUGAGUGUGCUUAUUCCCCAAAUGCCACAACUACAUGGUGUUCGGAUCUUUGGAAUUAAUAGGUAUUGAAAUGUUUCAAACUGAACAAAAAUUUUACAGCUACCGAGUUUCCUGUAAAGAAGGAGUAGUUGGUAAACUGCACUGUUUCUGUGAUAAUGUGAAAUGAGAGGUAUCUACAUCAGAGGACCAAUUGCUCUUUCUUCAUAUGCUGUCUUGAAGUACAGAAUUCUACUAAAUGAUGCCUCUGUUUAAUACAUCUGGUAUAUUUUGGAAGAAAGGCUUUAUA